AUGGAACACGAAUCCGUCCUUGAGCAUGGUGUCCCUCUGGGCCCGACCAUCGUUCCUCAAGCUAACGGUGUUCCUCCUGUAGAAGAUGAACACUCGGCAAAGCUGUCGGCAUGGGCUGAUAAAUAUCGAGGUGCCACGGUUGCCGACCUAGACCUUCCACCUGCUUUGUCCACGUCCCCCAGCACCUCGCUGGCCGAAGCCAUGCUGUCGGCCUCUUCUCAUGACUACUCGCAUUUGACGGUUCUGUCGGAAAAUACAAGAUCUCUCCUAGGGUAUCUGCCCAUCUCGAAACUCAAGCAUCUGUUCGAGACCAGGCAACUGCAGCCGUCGGAUCCCGUCUCUAAAGCCAUGGUCAAAUUCCAGCGUCGCGGAGCAAAGAAGUACCAGGUUAUUACGAUGGACACAGAGCUGUGGGAACUGGAAGGGUUCUUCGAGAAUGUCGGUCCGUUGGCAACGGGCGAACCUCAGGAUUUUGCAGUCGUCACGGAUGGAAGUCGGAAAUUCGUGCUCGGUGUUGUCACUAGGGGUGACCUUGAGGAGUUUGUGAAGAGGAGACCUGCCUGA